UGGAGGUGAAGAAGAGGUGUUACGCCGUGGAUUCGCGUGACGUAACCCCGGUAUACGCCAUCGCCGUGGCCUCCUCGCCGCGACUCGCGGUCGUUUAGGGAUUGGCGUCGGUGUGUUGGUUCGCACUCUGCAACCAUCCACCCACCCUAUCCUUUCCCACCCCCCCUCGGUAUCCCAUUCCACCGCCCCUCGCGGAUACCCACUACCGGACUGUGUCGACCGUAUCGGAGAACGACCCAUGAUUCUCCGUGAUGUGGCUACGGACAGGAGAGAUAGCUGCUCCGGCAGCCAGUCGGGCAACAACCCCUAUAUGCGCAUAUACGGACGAAUAGACACACUCAUACACGCGUGCAGACACAUAUAUACAUAGACAUGGGCACGUGUACGCCCUUCUCGACAAGAGAGAGAGAGAGAGAGGAUGAGAGGGGAUGAGAGAGAAUGAUAGAGAAAGAGAGAGAGAGAGAGAGAGAGAGAGAGAGAGAGAGAGAGAAAGUGAGAGAGAGAUGAGUAGGUACAUCGAGGCUCGAAGCCAUCCCGUCACGGAGAAUGCUUCGGGACUUCGCGCGACCUCCUCGGCGCCGAGUCGGGACCACGGCUUCGGCUAUACGUCGUUCUCUGGCGAUGUUCGACUUUUGAACAGCUGCGGAGGAGAUGGGCACAGGAGACAGAUUACUUGACAUACUGUGUGAUGUAUGUGGCGACCGUAGUUCUGGAAAACACUACGGCAUUUACAGCUGCGACGGUUGUUCGGGGUUUUUCAAGCGAAGUAUACACAGCAAUCGAGAGUACAUCUGCAAAGCUCAGGGUGCUAAGAAAGGACGUUGUCCAAUCGACAAGACUCACAGAAAUCAAUGCCGUGCUUGUCGUCUCGCUAAGUGCUUCGAAGCUAACAUGAACAAGGACGCAGUGCAACAUGAGCGCGGACCGAGGAAACCAAAACCCCACGCGAUCAUCUCGUCGGAGAAGCAGCAUCAGCAACAGUCGCCGAUUGUCACGCAAUUGUCUCCUCAUUCUGCGACUUCGGUGCACAGUGAUCGAUUAAGACCAGCACUAGCUCCUCCGUACGUUCUCUCGCCACACAGAAGGUUAAGGUGCGACCAAAGAUUCACGCCUUAUCCACGACCGAUGGCGCUGGUACAGAAACCGCCGGAGGAAUCACCAUCCCCUGUACCGUUGAUUCUACCGCACCCUCGCACGACUACGACCCUCUAUCAAGCGGCCACAACCGUCUCCUUAGCACCACAGCCUCCCCUUCUGCAGAUACUAAUGUCCGCCGAGGAAUGUCAGGAACUGGUUUGGAACGCGCGAUUACAACCCACGGCAGAGUAUCCGAUGGAGCAAAUAGAAACGGAGACGAGUCGAAGUCCGACGGGCACCGUACAGAGCUUUAGUCCGACUUGGGAGAUGCUGCAGGAGACGACGGCCCGACUAUUGUUUAUGGCUGUCAGAUGGGUGCGUUGCCUGCCGCCCUUCCAAACGAUAUCGAAGGACGAUCAAUUGUUACUCCUAGAACGAUCCUGGACGCAGUUGUUCUUGCUGCACUUGGCACAAUGGUCUGUCUCCUGGGAUAUCACCGCGCUCCUCGAAGAUGAGCAAGUGCGUAGUAGAUUGCCCACGGAUGACAACCCAACGAAUCAGGAGCUCGUCCUUAUUCAGGCUAUAAUAUGCCGAUUCAGACAACUGUCUCCCGAUUUCGGUGAAUGCGGUUGUAUGAAGGCAGUGGCUUUAUUUACGCCAGAGACGGUAGGUCUGCACGCGGUCCAGCCCAUUGAGAUACUGCAAGAUCAGGCACAACGUAUUUUAGUGGACUAUACAAGGUCACGAUAUCCACAGCAACCUAGUAGAAUCGGCAGAUUGAUGAUUCUGGUCGGAUAUCUGAGGUGCGUCUCUUCCAAGACCGUCGAACGUCUAUUCUUUCACGAAACCAUCGGGGAAAUACCAAUCUCGCGUUUACUAGUCGACAUGUAUCAAAUGGAAAAGUAUAUCAACUGAAGCGCAUUUUGCAUAUCAUACAUACGCGUUAUACAUAAAUGUGUCAGGACCACAACGAGCUCGCAGCUUUCCAAAACUCUUCCGACUCUCUCACAUGUAGAAACAGCAGAAUAGAAUAAGAGAAAAGUUUUUGAAAUCUGUAGUGGUCUUCACAAAUUCCCUUUUCACAAUUUGUCCUUGCAAUUAUGUAGUAUAGUGUUGAUAUCCGACGAAAAUGGAGUUUAUUGUUUC